CUCUCUCUGGGGGGGGGGGUCGGUCACUUUCAAAACGCCGUCUAUGUUAGGUUGGGUUGGGUUUUGCCGAUCGAUUGUAAUGGCUUUCUUAUUUUUGUCAAAAAAAAAGCUCACGCACGAGGCACGAUUGUGCUCCUGGACGAGCAGACAAGUCCAGAUCAUCAUCAAACCAAAGAACCCCCCAUCAUCAAGGUCAUUUCUUCUCUCGCUCGAUUAAUUUCCCGACGAUGAUUAGUGCCCUUUGAUUUGAUCUGCAUUGUCGUCUGCAUAUAUUGACUUUGGGUAUCAUGAUGUUGCCUCAAAGCGUCUAUCUACAUGCGCUCCUUGUUGCGUCUUGUUGUGUUCUCCUCCUUCUUCUUGCCGAUGCACUAAGAACACACCCUUCUGAAGUCACUGCUUUACGAUCAGUUAAGAGAAGUUUAAUUGACCCUAAAGACAAUUUGAGAAAUUGGAACAGAGGAGACCCUUGCAGAUCAAAUUGGACAGGAGUUAUCUGCUUUAAUGAGAUUGGUACUGACGACUACCUGCAUGUCCGAGAACUCCUGUUGAUGAAUAUGAACCUCUCUGGAAGUUUGUCACCAGAGCUCCAAAAAUUAGUUCAUCUUGAAAUAUUAGAUUUCAUGUGGAACAAUUUAAGUGGUUCAAUUCCGAAGGAAAUAGGACAGAUAUCAUCCCUGGUACUCUUGCUGCUGAAUGGAAACAAACUUUCAGGGUCUUUACCAAGCGAACUCGGUUAUCUUCCGAACUUGAACAGGUUCCAGAUAGAUGAGAAUAACAUCACAGGACCAAUACCAAAGUCCUUUUCCAACUUGAAAAAAGUGAAACAUCUUCACUUCAACAAUAAUUCGUUGAGCGGACAGAUUCCACUUGAGCUUUCCAAUCUUACUAACAUCUUUCAUGUUGAUUUAUCAAACAACAUACUUAACGGAUCCAUCCCACAGAGCUUCUCAGAUCUCCCUUUGCUUCAGAUGCUGUUGCUGAAGAACAAUGUGUUAUCUGGAUCUGUCCCUGAUUCCCUUUGGACGAAUAUCUCAUUAUUGAAAAAAGCUAGACUUCUACUUGAUCUUAGGAAUAAUUCUCUGUCACGAGUGCAAGGAGAUCUAACUCUUCCACAAAAUAUCACUUUAAGGCUUGAUGGUAACCCGAUCUGCAAAAAUGGAAGCAUAUCAAAUGCAAACCUUUUUUGUGAGUCCAAAGGAAAAGAGUGGACAUCAUUACCAACCAACUCAACUAAUUCUGCGCUGGACUGUCCUCCACUAGCCUGUCCGACUCCUGACUUCUACGAAUACAGCCCAGCAUCCCCGUUACGAUGCUUUUGCGCAGCGCCUCUCAGAAUUGGAUAUCGUCUCAAAAGUCCUAGCUUCUCAUACUUCCCUCCAUAUAUUGAUCAAUUUGACGAGUAUGUUGCUGAUUUCCUUCAGAUGGAACCAUAUCAACUCUGGAUCGACUCAUAUCAAUGGGAGAAAGGGCCUCGUUUGAGGAUGUAUCUAAAACUUUUCCCGAAAGUUAAUGAAACCUAUACAAGAACGUUUAACAGCAGUGAAGUUCUCAGAAUCCGGGACAUAUUCGCUUCAUGGAGAUUUCCUGGUAGCGACUUAUUCGGCCCGUACGAACUGCUCAACUUCACUCUGCAGGGGCCUUAUUCAUAUGUUAACUUCAACAGUGAAAGGAAAGGCGUCAGCUGGGGACGAUUAGCAGCAAUAACUGCAGGGGCUGUAGUUACUGCUGUUGCGAUAUCUGCCGUGGUUGCAGCCUUGUUGCUUAGAAGAUACAGCAAACACGAGCGAGAGAUAUCUAGAAGACGGUCUUCCUCGAAGGCUUCCUUGAUGAAUUCUGGGAUAAGAGGCUUCAGUUUCAAAGAACUAGCAGAGGCCACCGACGAUUUUAGCAGCUCAACUUUGGUUGGACGCGGAGGCUAUGGAAAGGUUUACAGAGGUGUGCUAUCUGACAAAACGGUUGCUGCAGUAAAGCGAGCAGAUGAGGGUUCUUUGCAAGGUGAAAAGGAGUUCUUGAAUGAAAUAGAAUUGCUCUCGAGGUUGCAUCAUCGGAAUCUAGUGUCACUGAUCGGUUAUUGUGACGAAGAAGGCGAGCAGAUGCUGGUGUACGAAUUUAUGCCAAAUGGCACCCUGCGCGACUGGCUGUCUGCUAAGGGGAAGGAGUCAUUGAGCUUUGGGAUGAGGAUUCGUGUUGCGUUGGGGGCAGCCAAAGGCAUUCUCUACCUUCACACAGAAGCCAACCCGCCAGUGUUCCACCGAGACAUCAAAGCCAGUAACAUCCUCCUUGACCCUAACUUCAAUGCCAAAGUUGCAGACUUUGGACUGUCUCGACUUGCUCCUGUGUUGGAAGACGAAGAGGAUGUGCCUAAACACGUCUCAACCGUUGUCCGUGGGACUCCAGGGUACCUGGAUCCGGAAUAUUUCCUGACACACAAGCUGACGGACAAGAGCGAUGUUUACAGCAUUGGAGUUGUGUUCUUGGAGCUGCUGACUGGUAUGCACGCCAUAUCCCAUGGCAAAAAUAUCGUGCGAGAGGUGAAGACAGCGGAUCAGAGGGAUAUGAUGGUAUCGCUGAUAGACAAGAGAAUGGAGCCGUGGUCGAUAGAAAGUGUUGAAAAGUUUGCGGCUUUGGCACUAAGGUGUAGCCACGACUCACCGGAGAUGAGGCCGGGUAUGGCGGAGGUAGUGAAAGAGCUGGAGGCACUGCUCCAAGAAGCCCCGGAUAAGGAGGCAAGAAUGGAAAUGGCAUCGUCUUCGUCAGUGCUCUCAACAUCGUCGUCGAAUGUGACCAGAGACCUUUACGAAUCGUCGAGCCUAUUAGGAAGCGAUCUCAGCAGCGGCUUUGUUCCCAGCAUCGCUCCUCGCUGACUACAACUAUCUCUGUACAAAAAACAUUUACUCCUUUUUGACUCAACUCAACCUUUUUGAACCAAUUUAGUUACCUUCUAAGAACAUUGUAAUAAAUCCAAUAUAUCCUUAUUUA